AUGGAUAUGCUAGUUCUGAUUGGGUGCGUCAUGGAGGGGAAGGAGGUGUAUUUCUCCCAGCUGAUUAGGCAUAGCAUGUGGAGAGCUCAUAUUCGCGGCUUACUACCGUUUCCUACACUGGUUACUAGUUUAGCUGAGCUAGCUGAUGUCCCAUGGGAGGACGAUGAUGUGACACCACCACCUCCAGAUGAUGAUGACAAGGAAGUUACCAUUUCCUGGGGUCUAUGGGUGCACGAGAAGCCCCUGACUAGCCGCCGUUCUCGAGCUAGAGCAGUAGUUGAGGCAGCUAGACCUUCUUCCUCCACAGCAGCACCUGCACCACCCGGCAUCGAGCUUCCUCCACUUCUAGAGUCUCCCGCUUCCGACGAGCAGGAUCAGGAGGAGGAGCAUGGUGAGGAGCCGAUACAGCAGGAGGCACCACCAGAGACGCAGACCACCACUAAGGUCCAGCAGCCUCCUGAGGUCCAGCAUGAUAUUCUUGAGCCACAGCCAGUACCACCUCCAGUCCCACAGCCUGAGCUUGAGCCACAGCCUGGUGCGAUUGUUGACCCCCAUCCCGAGCUUCAGUAG